AAAAUAUUAUCCAUGCUUGUGGCAGCAGAUCGUGGUACUGUGCUUAAUAUCGUACAUCACAUUCCUUGGGUGAUGCAUUGGUAUUGACCAGUAGGGCAAAAGGUUCUCCAUAAGAGUCCGUUGCUGGUCAGCAAUCCAAUAUACAAAGGAUUUAACAAGUUUUAAAAUGAUCAGCUUGGCUGGAAUAGCUUGGUCCAUCGUUGGCUUCAUCUUCCUAUCUUACCUGAUCCCUCACUUCGUUGUCACUUUUCUCAAACCAAAGGACCUUAAGAAGGCUUAUAACGCAAAAUGGGGGCUUGUCACGGGCGCAAGCAGUGGAAUUGGGAAAUCGCUUGCCACAAGGCUUGCUGAUCAAGGACUGAACGUGGUGGUAGUGGCAUUGCAAGACGGUCUGUUGGAUGCCACAUUCUCUGAGUUGCAGGCUCAGUUUCCCAAGCAGACAUUUCGUAAGGUGGGGGUAAAUCUUGGUAAGACAGGCUACCUGGAAAAGAUAGCAGAGGCCACAGCUGAUAUUGAUGUCCAAAUACUGUUCUGUAACGCUGGCUACAUGCUGACAGGCUUCUUCGAGAACACGCCCUUGGAGCAGCAGAUGGCCAAUUUGGAGUGCAAUGCAGUCUGUGCAGUGGCAAUCACACAUCACUUUCUUGCCAAGAUGGUGGCUAAGAAGCUCAAAGGAUGCAUCGUGUUCACGUCAAGCGCGGCUGCAUCUAUUGCCUCGCCGUUCACUGCGCUGUAUGCAGCCACAAAGAGCUUCGUAUCCUCCUUCGGCGCCAGCCUGGCAGUAGAGGUUAGGCACCAUGGCAUUGAUGUCCUGGUGUUCCACCCUUCCCCAGUCAACACCAGAUUCUAUGACAAGGCACACAAGCUGGACGUCCUGGACUUCUUCAAGGCACAGGCAGUGCACCCAGAUGCCCUGCCUGACGCUGUCUUCAGGUGCAUUGGCCGCACGGUGUGGGCAGACAUUGGGACUACAGCACUGUGCUUCCGUUUGGCCAUGAAGCUGAUGGACUACAAUCUCAUGGCCACCAUCACCGCACUUAUGGCGCCGCUGCUGCCAGACUUCAAAAAGGCCAUGAAGGCGAAGAAGGCCAACUAAGUAGUAUACCAUAGUAUGAGAGAUGUUGGAUUUUGAGCAUUAAAGCGUUUAAACUAAAAUUUUAGUAACAUUGGAGAGAAAGCUAUGAACGCAGAGAUGACUAUAAACAAGAGUUGCCAGUUCUGCAAAGCAUAGUAUGAGACUGUGUGCAGAGGGUCUAACAUAUUGAUACAAUAGCUCCCUACAGGCCUGCAACUGCAGGUCGAGCUUUACCUGUGUAGAGUAGACGCUGAGAGAUAUGAUGAGGACGGAGGAAGUUGAGUCACAUCAACCCUGAGCACGAGCUGAUCCACAGUAUUAGUAAGAUUGCACGAGCGU